CCUUAUUAAUGCCUCCUCUCUUCUGCCUCUCCAUGAUAUCCAUAUUUCAUUUUUCUGUCUUCUCUAGUUCAACAACUCCAAAAAUCUCGCAUUAUCUUCCAAUAUCAGCGAAGAACAUUGAAAAGAAUUCUGGGUUUUGGUGGGUUUACGCUAUAAUUCUUGUUAGUUAACUAGUGAUUGUUGUUCCAUCUUCAUCCAUGGAUGGUGCUGACCUCUAUAGAGCCAGUAGUAGCAUAAGAAGGAGCUCUUCUAUAUGGAGAAAUAAUUCUGCAGAUGUUUUCUCAAGAUCUUCUAGAGAAGAAGAUGAUGAAGAGGCUCUUAAAUGGGCUGUUCUUGAAAAGCUACCUACUUAUGAUCGUUUGAGGAAAGGUAUUUUGAUUAGUGGAUCCAAAGGUGAAGCUAAUGAGGUUGAAAUAGAUUCUCUUGGAUUCCAGGAAAGGAAAAGUUUGCUUGAGAGAUUGGUGAGAGUUACUGAAGAGGAUAAUGAGAAAUUCUUGUUGAAGCUCAAAGAUCGAAUUGAUAGGGUUGGAAUUGAGGUCCCAACAAUUGAAGUUCGAUUUGAGCAUCUAAAUAUUGAAGCAGAAGCUUUGGUAGGAACCAGUGCUUUGCCUACUUUCUUCAACUUCUUAAUUAAUAUACUAGAGGGUUUCUUGAAUAAUCUUCAUGUCUUUCCAAGUAGAAAGAAACCAUUUACCAUCCUUAAGGAUAUUAGUGGAGUCAUCAAGCCCUCAAGAAUGACUUUACUUUUGGGUCCUCCGAGUUCUGGAAAGACUACACUUUUGCUGGCUUUAGCUGGAAAGCUUGAUCCUAAUUUGAAGUUCUCUGGUAGUGUGACUUACAAUGGCCACGGGUUGAAUGAAUUUAUUGCCCAGAGAACAGCUGCCUAUAUUAGUCAGCAUGAUCUUCAUAUAGGGGAAAUGACUGUAAGGGAAACUCUGGGAUUUUCUGCUAGAUGCCAAGGGGUUGGAUGUCUACAAGAUAUGCUUGCAGAGUUAUCUAGAAGAGAAAAAGCAGCUAAUAUUAAACCUGAUCCGGAUAUUGAUGUUUUCAUGAAGGCUGCAGCAACAGAAGGACAAGAAGCUAGUUUGGUCACAGAUUAUAUUUUGAAGAUUUUGGGAUUAGAUGUCUGUGCAGAUACCUUGGUAGGAGAUGAAAUGUUGAGGGGUAUCUCUGGAGGACAAAGGAAGCGUGUUACAACAGGUGAAAUGCUGGUUGGGCCAUCAAGGGCACUUUUUAUGGACGAGAUCUCCACUGGCUUGGACAGUUCAACAACUUACCAAAUAGUGAACUCAUUAAAGCAAUCUAUCCACAUUCUUAACGGAACUGCUGUCAUUUCCCUCCUCCAGCCAGCACCUGAGACUUACGACCUAUUCGAUGACAUUAUUCUGCUGGCAGACGGCCAGAUUGUGUACCAGGGUCCUCGUGAAGAUGUGCUUGGCUUUUUUGAGUAUAUGGGCUUCAAGUGUCCUGAAAGAAAAGGGGUGGCUGAUUUCUUGCAAGAAGUGACAUCAAGGAAAGAUCAGCAGCAGUACUGGGCAAAUAGAGAUCAACCUUACAGUUUUAUAUCAGUCCAGGAAUUUUCUGAGGCGUUUCAAUCAUAUGACGUGGGUCAAAGACUUGGACAAGAGCUUUCUACACCAUUUGAUAAGGCCAAGAGCCACCCUGCUGCUUUGCCAACUGUGAAGUAUGGUGUUGGAAUGGUGGAACUGCUCAAAGCUUGCUUCUCAAGAGAGUACUUACUCAUGAAGAGGAACUCAUUUGUCUAUAUUUUCAAGCUCAUCCAACUUACAACUAUGGCAAUCAUUGGGAUGACACUCUUCCUGCGAACUAAUAUGCACCGAGACAAUCUCAUUGAUGGAGGAAUUUAUUUGGGUGCCUUGUUCUUUUCUGUCGUCAUGAUCAUGUUCAAUGGAAUGUCAGAGCUAUCUAUGACCAUUGCAAAGCUUCCUGUGUUUUACAAGCAAAGGGACCUCCUAUUCUAUCCUUCAUGGGCAUAUUCUCUUCCCUCAUGGAUUCUUAAAAUUCCUAUAUCAUUUUUGGAAGUUGCUGUUUGGGUGUUCAUCACUUAUUAUGUCAUGGGAUUUGACCCUAAUGUUGGAAGGUUAUUCAAGCAGUACAUUCUGCUCUUCCUUGUUAACCAGAUGGCCUCUGCUCUAUUCCGAUUUAUUGCUGCAGUUGGAAGGAACAUGAUUGUUGCUAACACAUUUGGGUCAUUUGCACUACUUAUACUUUUUGCAUUAGGUGGCGUCGUCCUGUCACGAGAGGAGAUCAAGAAAUGGUGGAUAUGGGGUUACUGGUUAUCACCAAUGAUGUAUGGGCAGAAUGCAAUAGUAGUCAAUGAGUUUCUUGGAAAAAGCUGGAGCCAUAUUCCACCAAACUCAACAGAAUCGUUGGGAGUACUGCUAAUGAAAAGUCGAGGAUUCUUCCCUCAUGCAUAUUGGUAUUGGAUAGGAGUAGGUGCAUCGGCGGGAUUCGUGCUACUAUUCAACUUAUGUUUCACUCUUGCUCUCACUUUCCUUAACCCAUUUGAGAAGCCUCAGGCUGUUAUAUCUGAUGAGCCUGAAACCAGUGGCAGACUUGAAAGCAGGCACACUACCAACACAGAGAAUGAGAUGAGUGAUAUUGAUGAGUCGAACCAUAAGAAGAAGAAAGGAAUGGUCCUUCCAUUUGAGCCACAUUCUAUUACCUUUGAUAAUGUUAUAUACUCUGUUGAUAUGCCGCAGGAAAUGAGAAAUCAGGGAAUUGCUGAAGAUAAACUGGUGCUAUUGAAGGGUGUAAGUGGUGCUUUCAGGCCUGGUGUUCUCACGGCAUUAAUGGGUGUUAGCGGUGCCGGUAAAACUACUCUGAUGGAUGUGCUGGCUGGUAGAAAAACUGGUGGAUAUAUCGAGGGGAGCAUCAAAAUUUCUGGAUAUCCAAAGAAGCAAGAAACUUUUGCUAGAAUUUCAGGAUAUUGCGAGCAAAAUGACAUCCACUCUCCACAUGUUACUGUUUAUGAAUCCUUAAUCUACUCAGCUUGGCUUCGUCUACCCCCUGAAGUCGACUCUGAAACCAGAAAGAUGUUUGUUGAUGAAGUCAUGGAGCUUGUGGAACUGAAUCCAUUGAGGCAAGCACUAGUCGGGUUGCCUGGUGUGAAUGGUUUGUCUACUGAGCAGCGGAAGCGGCUAACCAUUGCAGUUGAGCUAGUGGCAAACCCCUCUAUAAUAUUCAUGGACGAGCCAACUUCCGGGCUUGAUGCAAGAGCUGCUGCAAUUGUGAUGAGAACAGUUAGGAACACCGUGGACACAGGAAGAACUGUUGUGUGCACCAUCCAUCAACCAAGCAUCGACAUAUUUGAAGCUUUUGACGAGCUAUUCCUGAUGAAGCGAGGAGGAGAAGAGAUAUAUGUAGGGCCAUUGGGUCGGCAUUCUAGCCGUCUAAUUAACUAUUUUGAGGAAAUCAACGGAGUCAGUAAAAUUACAGAUGGUUAUAAUCCAGCCACCUGGAUGUUGGAAGUUACCAGUUCUGCACAAGAGUUGUCUCUGGGGGUUGAUUUUGCUGUCAUCUACAAGAAUUCAGAACUGUACAGGAGAAACAAAGCAACUAUCGAGGCAUUAAGCACUCCAGCCCCUGGUUCGAAGGACCUCUAUUUCCCUACACAGUAUUCGCAGUCAUUUUUUACACAAUGCCUAGCUUGCUUGUGGAAGCAACGUUUGUCCUACUGGCGAAAUCCGCCAUAUACUGCCGUAAGGUUUUUGUUUACGACGUUCAUAAGUUUGAUGUUCGGGACAAUGUUCUGGGAUCUUGGCACCAAAACAUCAAAGCAACAAGACAUUUUCAAUUCUCUCGGUUCGAUGUACGCAGCAGUACUAUUCAUCGGGAUUCAAAAUGCAGCAUCUGUGCAGCCAGUAGUUGCUGUUGAAAGAACUGUCUUCUACAGGGAAAGAGCUGCAGGGAUGUAUUCAGCUAUGCCCUAUGCCUAUGCACAGGUCCUAAUUGAGCUUCCAUACAUUUUUAUACAAGCUGCUGUAUAUGGUCUCAUCACAUAUGCAAUGAUCGGUUUCGAAUGGACUGCUGCUAAGUUCUUUUGGUAUCUGUUCUUCAUGUACUUCACAUUACUGUAUUUCACCUACUAUGGAAUGAUGACUGUCGCCGUCACGCCAAAUCAACACAUUGCCUCUAUAAUUUCUUCAGCAUUUUAUGCAAUAUGGAACCUUUUUUCAGGAUUCAUCAUCCCUAGAACUAGGAUGCCUGUGUGGUGGAGAUGGUUCUACUGGGUAUGUCCAGUGUCAUGGACUUUGUAUGGAUUAAUUGCAUCUCAGUUUGCAGACAUUAAGGAUCCUAUUGAAGGUGGUGUAACAGUUGAACAAUUUGUAAAAGCUUAUUAUGGCGUCAAGCAUGAUUUUCUGGGAGUUGUAGCAGCUAUGAUUGUUGGGUUCACAGUCCUCUUUGCAUUUAUCUUUGCUGUUUCUGUUAGGUCCUUUAAUUUCCAGAAGAGAUAGAGAUUUUCCUUUUUUUUUUUUUUUGGUUCUAUAUUCAUUGUUUGUGUUUGUUUUGUCUAUAGGCUAGUUUAAUGUACUACAAUGAUGAAAAUGAGAAAGGAUCAAAGAACAAUAUGUCAAUCUGUUGUACAUUUUGUUCAUUAAUACAUGUGUUUGAUUAUAGAUCAAGAAAAUAUUUAUUUGCCCAU